CUGGCUCAAAGCCAGCACACGCCCAUCUGCCGUUUGCAAGGAGUCACUCUUUCCUCUCAGUCAAGCAUAUCUUGACCCUUGUGCCUGGAGCACCCGGCUCGUCCAGAUCCGGGCAGCCGGUUUGCACAGCCGUUGAUCAACAUGCUACAUACUAUCGUUCAACCCGUCCAGUCCAAACCACGAAUCGAAUCAAUAGAUAACAACAGCAUCUUGGGCUUCUUACACCAAACACCGAAAGUUCACUCGGAUCAGUCUCAACAGGGUACCGUACGGACCCAAUGAUCGUCCCCCUUUUCGCCACAACCAUGUCCCAAUCCGAGCUGGAGUUUAGGUCUCCUUUCGAGGCUAUCACCCGCGAUCCUCUAACGCUCAUCGAGCUUCGCAUGCGAUGGUUCUCAGGAAAGAUACGCGCCAAGCCCACUUGGUGGAAGAAAGUCUACGACGAAGAGAUCGUAACAAAGUGGUGCAAGGAGAUCAUCGAGCACGACGCGGCCAUGGUCGAACGAUUCUGGGGCGGUGACGAGUAUUGGAAAACGGGCCAUGGUGAAAAACAGUGGCCCCGGGACAAGAUCACCAACGUCCAGCUUAACUACCUCUUCGACGAACUGCGAUACGACGCGAGCCGAUACGAUGACGAAACUGGUAUCUUUGCGACGGCGAUCCACAAGGUGCACGAGUCGCGAUCUCUGAUACCCGCCGAUGUCAAGAUAUCCCUCGUGCAAGGCGUCUCUUCGCUCGAGGAUGUCCCAGACGAAGAGAAGGACUGGCAUCCGGGGUCAAAGAAGCAAGUGCUGGACCUCGUUCAUCCAUCAAUGUACUGCUUGCGCAUCGGUCGGUCGCACGUCUACCGCCACGACCAGAGUCAGGGAGCCCCCACUGUACCGCUCACGCUAGGGGACUACCUCAGCCACCGCCUAGAUUUUCAGAGGUUCUUUUACAACUCUAAGAAGCCGUUCUGCAUCUCACAUGACUACCAAUGGCUCCCGACGGACUUUGAGGUCUCCGAAUCGGGUGAGGUCGAGCCCCUCGCGUACAUCAACAACCUCCAUCCUAUCGACCACCGCGCCCUAUACUCCACCAUCUCCUCCAUUCUCUCCCGCUUCGUGCCUCUAUUCGAAAAGGUGCUCUCCGAUGCGGUCAGUCCCUGGCCUCCACUUGCCGUACGCCCCAAUCCGUAUAGUUGGUACGACCACAUCACGGUCCCCGCGCCAGCCUACCGCGAAUAUGGAGAUAACCAGGAUGCCUACGCUGAAUGGGAGUCCAAGUACCGAUGGCCCUCCAUUCCUGAACCCGAACCUUUCGUCCCUCCCACUGCUACCAGUGCGGACGAGGAGGACAAGAUGAAGAUCUCGCUCCGCGGGCGUACGCUCCAAGUGAUCGUCAAGCUCGCGAACAUCGUUCUCACCCCAGAUAAUCCGAAGUACGCCGGCGGCUCGUGGCAUGUCGAGGGAAUGGCGAACGAGAACAUCGUCGCUACGGGCCUCUACUACUACGCGUGCGAGAACAUCACUGAGUCACGCCUCGAUUUCCGGACGGCGAUCGGCGCGGAGGGCCAGGUGACGGUGCUAGACUACCAGCAGGACGAUGUACAAGGGUACAUGGCCGCCUUCGGGCUGGACCGCAACAGCCGGUUGAACCAGCAUUUGGGCCACGUCGUCGCGGAGGAGGACAAGUGUGUCGCGUUCCCUAACAUCUACCAGCACCAUGUCGACGAGUUUGAGCUGGCGGAUGGGACGAAGCCUGGGUACCGGAAGAUUCUGUGCUUGUUUGUUGUGGAUCCCUUCGUUCGCAUCUUGUCGGCGAGCGACGUCCCCCCACAGCAGGAACACUGGGCACUGGACGAGGUGGCAAAGGCGCUGAUUUUGGGGAAGCUUCCGCAGGAGCUGUACGAUGCGGUGUUGGAAUACGCGUCCGCUGGGUUGGUGUCGGGCAAGGAGGCGGAAGAGGAUCGGAAAAAGCUGAUGAAGGAGCGGUCUCGGUUCGUGGCGGAUCAUAACGAGCGGGUCUUCGAGGUAGACUUCAACAUGUGUGAGCAUUGAAGAUGUCUCUACUAUUUGCACGUACUCUAUGGUUAUCAGCAUUAGACGACGAACGCCAAGCCGUGUCUACUAGUGCAUGCUGAAGAGCAAGUCUCAUCCCUGUUGUGCACGGCCCGGUAGCGGCUGCUGUAGUUGCUUCUGAAGUCAUCGGCGUACCGGUUCGUC